CCGUCUUGUCCCUUAUUACUGUUUUCCUUUCCCGCGCGACUCCAUUUUCCGCAAGUAGGAUAAGUAAGAAUCAAGAACGUGUAGUGCCCCAUAUUGCGAUUGCUUUCCCCCUGUUGUGUUGCCUCAUCCUCUGCGCACAAAGACACUCGCCAUGGCACCCUCCGUCAACGCCAUCAUCACGCACCACGACUGGAGCCCCGACGGCAUCGAAAAGGUGUCCGCCCGCAAGGUGCCCAAUAACAUUGAGAUUGUCGAGCCGGACCCCUCCUGGCCGCAGCGCUACGAGCUCCUCAAGGCGCGCAUCGAGGCGGCCCUCCCGCCGUCCACGAUCCUGCACAUCGCGCACGCGGGCUCCACGUCGGUGCCGGGCCUCCCCGCCAAGGACGUCGUCGACAUCGACGUCGAGGUGCCCGACCCGGCCGACGAGGACGCCUACGUGCCGGCGCUCGAGGCCGCCGGGUGGCACUUUCGCACGCGCGAGCCCGCUUGGCACCAGCACCGCUUCUUCAGCUGCUACGACCCGCAGGCCAACCUGCACGUCUUCGGGCCCGACUGCCCGGAGGUGGUGCGCCACCGCGUCUUCCGCGACUGGCUGGCCAAGAGCCCCGAGGACAGGGACUUGUAUGCGCGCGAGAAGCGGCGGGCGGCCGGGGAGGCGGUCGCGGCGGGCGAGAGGCUCGCGGCGUAUAACCUGCGCAAGGAGCCGGUCAUUCGGGAGAUUCUGCAGCGGGCGUUUCGCGAUGCCGGGUAUAUCCAGUAG